UCCUCACUCGCGCCUCCAACUCUCUCCUCCCUUUUACCUCUCCCCACCGCCCUCCUUCUCUACAACACCCAGAAACAAUACAAAGAAUGACCCACCGCGCCGACGCAAGCACCUUCCUCGACAACAGAGGCUACACCGGCCCGCUCGUCCGAGGCGUAAACCCAGCCACACUCUUCGAGAAAGCCGUCCGCGACCGAAUCACAGACUCCUACUACUGGAAAGAGCAAUGCUUCGGCCUGAACGCUGCGACGCUCUGCGACCGCGCCGUCGAGCUAACCUGCAUCGGCGGCGUGUACGGGGUAGCCGAGAAGCCGACGCCGUUCCUGUGUCUGGCCUUCAAGCUGCUGCAGCUCAACCCGUCCCGCGACAUAAUCCUCGAGUACCUCAACUAUACGGAUCCGGGAAGCGAUGAGGACGAGCACGGAAGCAAUGACGAGGCGGGGGGGACAACAGCAACAGCAACGCCGGCGGUGGUUAAGACGCAGGGGGAUUUUAAGUACCUGCGCGCGUUGGCGGCGUUCUACGUGCGGCUGACCUUCCCUGCUGCCGACGUCUAUAAGACGCUUGAGCCGCUGUUGCUGGAUUAUCGGAAGUUGAAGCGCAGGGUGCGCGACUCGUUUACUUUGACGUAUAUGGAUCAGUUUGUUGAUGAGUUGUUGACCAAGGACCGCGUGUGCGGGACCAGUUUGUGGAAGUUGCCUGCGCGGCAGCAGUUGGAGGAUUUGGAGUUGUUGGAUGAGAGGGUUAGUCCUUUGCAGGCGGAGUUGGAUGAGAUGGAUCGCAGUGAUGUGGAGGAGGGAGAGGAAGAGGGAGAGGAGAGGGAAGUCGGUGGUGAGAGGAAUGGGGCGGAGGAUGAUUGAAGCUGCUCUUGAGUCUGUUGCGAUCGACAAUUGGGCCUGGUGAUCCCUUUGUUAAACGCACACGAUACUUCUUUACCCUUCGCCGCCGGCGGUUUUGGCCGGUCGGUGGAUGGAAGCGGUCUGAGGCCAGCUUUACGCAUCAGAGUGAUGCUCCACCUACCAACAAUAGGCCAGCCCUGCGACAGUGUAAGCACCAGUUCAUGGCGGGAGCUCUGCAGCAAGACUUCCGGCUCGAUCGCUGGGAGCGAUGAGCGUUGAGCGCAUUGCAUUGCACCGCUCGGUACACAGUCUCUACGCUCAGAGCACACUCCUACGGAAAAACACCUGCAAUAGCAUUCGGUCAAUCCGCUGCUUCAGGACCGCAGAGGAUCGCUCCUCUGAGCCCUCAUUGAAAGGACGGCCAGAUAUCGCAUCUUAGUCACAUCUUUUCUCUUGAAUAUAG